CCUUAGCGGCCGGCUGAGCGCGAGCCCCACCCCGUUCGCCGCGCCGCGGGCCGCCCCGCUCACCGAGCCCUCGCCCGCACGGCCCGCCGGCGUCGGGCCAUGUACUCGGGGAACCGCAGCGGCGGCCAGGGCUACUGGGAGGACGGGGCGGGCGCCGAGGGCGCAGCGCCGGCGGGCACGCGGAGCCCCGCGCCGCUCUUCAGCCCCACGGCGUACGAGCGCCUGGCACUGCUGCUCGGCGGCCUCGCGCUGCUGGGCGUCGGCGGCAACCUGCUGGUGCUGCUGCUCUACUCCAAGUUCCCGCGGCUGCGCACGCCCACCCACCUCUUCCUGGUCAACCUCAGCCUGGGCGACCUGCUGGUGUCCCUGUUCGGAGUCACCUUCACCUUCGCGUCGUGCCUGCGGAACGGCUGGGUGUGGGACGCUGUGGGCUGCGCGUGGGACGGGUUUAGCGGCAGCCUCUUCGGAUUUGUGUCCAUUACCACCCUCACUGUGCUGGCCUACGAACGUUAUAUCCGUGUGGUGCAUUCCAGGGUGAUCAAUUUUUCCUGGGCCUGGAGGGCCAUUACCUAUAUCUGGCUCUACUCCUUGGCAUGGGCAGGAGCGCCUCUCCUGGGCUGGAACAGGUACAUCCUAGACGUCCAUGGACUGGGCUGUACAGUGGACUGGAAAUCCAAGGACGCCAACGACUCCUCCUUUGUGCUCUUCUUGUUUCUUGGCUGCCUGGUGGUGCCCAUGGGCAUCAUAGCCCAUUGCUACGGUCAUAUUCUGUAUUCUGUUCGAAUGUUACGCUGUGUUGAAGAUCUUCAGACAAUUCAAGUGAUCAAGAUUUUAAAAUAUGAAAAGAAAGUGGCCAAAAUGUGCUUUUCCAUGGUCUUUGUCUUUCUCACCUGCUGGAUGCCUUAUAUUGUGACCCGUUUCUUGGUGGUUAAUGGCUAUGGACACCUGGUCACUCCAACAGUGUCUAUUGUUUCUUAUCUCUUUGCUAAAUCGAGCACUGUGUACAAUCCAGUUAUCUAUAUCUUCAUGAUCAGAAAGUUUCGGAGGUCCCUUCUACAGCUCCUAUGCUGCCGACUGCUGAGAUGCCAGAGGCCUGCUAAAAACCUACCAGCAGCGGAGAGCGAAAUGCAGAUCAGGCCCAUCGUGAUGUCACAGAAAGAUGGGGACAGGCCAAAGAAGAAAGUGACCUUUAACUCCUCUUCCAUCAUUUUCAUCAUCACCAGUGAUGAGUCCCUGUCUGUGGACGACAGUGACAGAAGCAAUGCAUCCAAGGCCAAUGUCAUUCAAGUCCGUCCUUUGUAAGACUGAAAGACGAGUCUUGUAUCUGUCACAAAAUGUCUACUAUCAGGACGGCCCUGGAGUCCCCAUUUGGUAUAGUAACCGCAGAACCUCGUGGCCUACCCGGAAAUCCGAAUUACCCAUAUGCUAUCUGAAGCGGUUCAAGAAGCGACUGUGCAAGACAAAUUAUUUUCAUUCAAUGGGUGCUUUAUCACACGAGAAACUCCUGGUGGCACAAAGUGAGCGUUUGGCACCAUCGUCUACUAUGCCAGGAUUUAACCUUCCAAUGACCAUAUUUGCCAAAGCACAUUAUACAUUCUGUUUCUCAAAUCCAGUUCACUGUAUAAAUGACUGUCUCAUACCCAUGUGUGCAAUGGCUGGGGCAGCUGGGGUAUGUGAUGGUGUUGGGUCCUCUUCUGUGCCAUGCUGUGUGUUUGACCAAUUCAGUUUAUUAAGGAGGUAAUAAAUCAAUCCCUACUUUUCUCUGAAAACCAAA